AUGGCCACCGGCAUUGCUACAAAGAAACACUUAAAACCUCUGAGGAACGCAGGAGCUGCACUUCAUCGUCGUGGAGACGAAUACAACCUUGGUGAGUUAGAUGAGCUUGAAGAGGAGGCGGAGACGGCCUCUAGCGACCAGGUGUACAAGGGUAUUGACUACCUUGUAAAACUACUCGGAAGUAAGUCUAUCGACUACGGUCUAAUGGAUGGUAUUGCAAUGCAGCUAUACGGCAUAGAUGGACGUGAAACCCACGAUGGCGACAUGGCUAUUAGUGUCAACUCCGCGAACUUGAUUGACGUAGUCAAGGACGACCCAAAUAUUCGACGCCCGGGCAAAUUAAUGGGUGCUUCCGGCACUGCCCGCCUAUUUGUUAAGAUCGAUGAGCAGCAAGUUGACAUAGAUGUUUUUGUCCAAGUCGUCAAGGUCGGUGAGAUUGCGAAAUCCAAGUUCAAGAGAUUGAAACACAGGGAUUUAGAUGACAUUAUGUGGCUUAUUAACAACAAGAAUGAUAAUAUCAAGGCAAUCGCCGAUACAGUCGAUGAAUACAAGAGGAUCGAGUUUGCAAGGCAUUUUGAAGGCGCCGACGAUGAUCAGAAGAAGCUCAUCGCAGAGACGCUUAAUAUCCACGAGGACGAUAUUGAUGACUAG